AUGGUUUCCCGCAGCACAGAUCGGGGAUCACUUUCCACGCUAGCGGGCUCAGCGAGCGCGGGGCGGGGCCUCGCCGAGCAUGCGCAGCUCGACCGCAGUGGCGGACCCGGAAGCGCCCUGGAUCCGCCGGCCUCGGUCACUGUGGCCGUGUCGUCCCUGACUAUCGCCGACGCGUUCACCGAGGCCAGCGAGAGCCCUGCGAGCGCCCCACCGGCCGGCGUGGUCCCCAGGAGAUUCAUCUGCUCCUUCCCAGGUUGCAGUGCCAAUUACAACAAGGCCUGGAAGCUAGACGCACACCUGUGCAAGCACACAGGGGAGAGACCGUUUGCUUGUGACUAUGAAGGCUGCAGCAAAGUCUUCAUCAGGGAGUAUCAUCUCAGCCGCCAUGCCCUGACCCAUACCGGAGAAAAGCCAUUUGUUUGUGAAGCUAGUGGCUGUGGUCAGAAAUUCAACACUCAAUCAAACUUGAAGAAACAUUUUGAGCGUAAACACAAAAACCAGCAAAGGCAGUAUGUGUGUGACUCUGAAGGUUGUAAGAAGGCCUUUAAGAAACAUCAGCAGCUGAAAGUCCACCAGUGCCAGCACACCAAUGAACCCCUGUUCAAGUGUAACCACGAAGGAUGUGGAAAACACUUUGCAUCACCCAGCAGGUUGAAACGACAUGAGAAAGUGCAUGAGGGUAAGUACAGGUAG